GAAAUUUACAGCUCACACUUUAGUUCCUCAGUAGCCAGUCUAGUCCUUUCUUAUCUCUGGCUCCCUUCUUCUUUCGCUCUCACAGCCACUAACCAUGAGUGGCUCUGUGUCUACCAAUAUGAGGGUCAAACUCCCUGUUUUCUGCUUUCUCCUGCAAGGUAUCACUAUUCUGCUAUUUGCUGUCUUUGUAAGAUAUGACACUGAGACUGAUGCCAGCGCCUGGCACGAAGAAAUGAAGAAUCACAACUUGACCAAUGCAGACAAUGACUUUUAUUUUCGUUACGCAAGUUUUCAGGAUGUCCACACUAUGAUAUUUAUUGGUUUCGGAUUUUUGAUGACAUUUCUGAAGCUUUACGGUUUCAGCAGCGUAGCCUUCAACUUCCUAAUCGCUGCCUUUGGUCUACAGUGGUCUACACUCAUUCAGGGUUUUUUCCACGGCUUCUCUAAUGGUAAAAUUCAUGUUGGGAUAGAAAGCAUGAUCAAUGCAGAUUUCUGCACGGGAGCAGUUCUCAUUUCCUUUGGAGCAGUUUUAGGAAAAACCAGCCCCGUCCAGCUCAUUAUAAUGACCCUGUUUGAAGUGACUCUGUUUGGAAUUAAUGAAUUCAUCAUUCUCAAUAUUGUAGGGGCUAAAGAUGCUGGAGGAUCCAUGACCAUUCAUACAUUUGGUGCAUAUUUUGGCUUAAUCGUUUCUCGAGUUCUUUACAGACCUCACCUGGAUAAGAGUCGUCAGAGAGAAGGCUCUGUAUAUCAGUCAGACCUUUUUGCAAUGAUAGGAACUAUAUUCCUUUGGAUGUUCUGGCCAAGCUUCAACUCAGCCAUCACAGCUCACGGAGAUGACCAGCACCGUACAGUGAUGAACACCUAUUACUCACUUGCUGCCUGCACAUUGGCCACCUUUGCCAUGUCCUCUCUGCUAAAUGGGGAAGGAAAGCUGGACAUGGUGCACAUUCAGAAUGCAGCAUUAGCUGGAGGAGUAGCUGUGGGAACCUCAGGUGAGAUGAUGUUGACUGCCUUUGGAGCCAUGAUUGCAGGGACCGUAGCUGGGAUUAUCUCAACCCUUGGAUACAAAUUCUUGACGCCAGUUCUGGAUUCCAAGUUAAAAAUUCAAGACACUUGUGGUGUUCAUAAUCUGCAUGGCAUGCCUGGCAUACUGGGUGCUGUCAUUGGUGCGAUUGUUACAUGUACUGCUACAGCAGAUAUUUAUGGAGAUGGGAUGGAAGAUGUCUUUCCGUUGAUAUUUGAAGGGAAGCGCACUGCAAGCUCCCAGGCUAUUUACCAGAUUGUGGCCCUCGUAGUGGCUUUGGGAUUUGCUAUUAUUGGAGGGGCUAUUGUAGGUUUCAUACUGAGGAUACCCAUAUUCGGUUCUCCUGCUGACACUCAGUGCUUUGAAGAUGCAAUUUAUUGGGAGGUUCCAGAAGAAGAUGGACAUACUCAUGUGAUUGUAAAUUCAGAUGACCAUGAACAACAGACUCAAGCAUAGACCUUUACCCUGGGAAAUAAACAGGAGGAUAUUCAUGGUGGUCUACUUGACUACUGGACCACUGCUUCAAGCUGGUGACCCAUAAAUGUGAACUUAUCCAGUGGUGGGAUUCAGAAAUUUUAGCAACGGGUUCUCUUAUUUCUCUAUAUGAUACAAAAAGUUAGGACAUUUGCGUUGUGAUAUUAGAACUUUCACACUUCCAGCCUCACUGGUUUAACGCCUUAAAAACAGUUGUCUAUAUCAAAUGACAAGACUGUAGCAUGCAUUGAUUGAAAUAAACCUAAAGGAGCAAUUUCCCAUACAUUUUACACUCUGAUGCUGGUACAACAAGAAAUUGGAAACACAUUAAGGGAAAAACAAUGUCACAGUAUACUGUCCCUUUAAGGAAGAUGGCAUCACCCAACCACUGGUUCUGGAGAACCUUGGGACAUUUUAGGAACAGGUUUUCAAGAAGUAGUGAGAACCGGCAGAAUCCCACCACUGAACGUAUUCCAUUAUCAAGACCUUAGGGAACGGGGUACAGAACUACCUGCAGGUUUUUUAAAGUGUACUUAUCUCUUGCUGACAGUAAUAACCUGCAGCUACUUCCUUUAUUUGUAGACACACUCAUUUAACAGAACUGAACUCUAAUGUUGCAUGACUAAAAUAUUUUUUAUAUAACUCACUUUUAUUUUUUAUGUAAUAGUUUUAGUAUAUUAUUCAACAGCAGCUUUUUGACUUGGAAUAUAAUGGGGGCUUUUUUUUUAUGAACAACAAUACUUAACAAGUUAAUGCUAGAUUGUAACAUGUUUAGUUUUUAACUAAACUAAAAAAAACAACACAUUUUUUGUAUGAAUGUAUACAGCAGGGGUCAGCAACCUUGGAACUCCAGAUGUUUUGGAACUACAUUUCCCAUGAUGCUCAGCCAGCCUAAAUAAUGUCUCAGCAUCAUGGGAAAUAUAGUUCCAAAACAUUUGGGGGUGCCAUCCCAGAGUUUUUGGAACUACAUUUAACAUGAUGCUCAUUUAGCCAAAAGAGUGUCUCAGCAUCAUGGGAAAUAUAGUUCUAAAACAUCUGCGGGUACCAAGGUUGCUGACACCUGGUGUACAGCAAGUUUUCUAGUUAUUUGUUUGUGAUUGAUGUGAACUAGUAGUAUUUCUCUUGUGCAGUACAAGAGACCUAUUAAAUGUGCUGUUUAUAAUAACAGUGGUUGGUAUUGUUUGUUGCUACCAAUUUUUCUUGGUAUUUUUGAAUGGCGGAGACAGAUUGUGAAGAAAAACGUUUAACAAAUUGUUAUGAUAACUGUAACCGCAAACACAGUAAUAUAUUAACAUAAGCAGAACCCAGUUGGUUAUUGCAUGGGGAAAGUUCUAUAAAGUGCAUAUAACCUGUUUGUUGAUGUUUUGGUAUGACAAGACCUGUUUGCAUUUUAGCAUGAGGGGAACUCUAUCCAUGCUUUGCGUGAACUAAAAAAAAUAAUUCCAAUUUUAACAUUACAGUUAAAAUAGAAAGAUACGUUGAUGAUAUAAAUUCCAAAGUGUUGCUAUUUGCAUUUUUUUAUACAGGAACUAAGAUGGUUCAUUUGAAAAUAAGGAUAAAGGUUUUUGGUUAAAGGUGCAGUAUUAAAAUGUUAGAAACUUUUCCAUUAAUAAUCUGCUGUUUUGAGAUACUCACAUAUAGUAUUAAUAAUAAAACAGAUAAUGUAGACAAAAAUAGGUGUUGCUAAUAGGUUAUUGAGCUGUGAAAGCCAAGAACCUUCUACUUAAAAUACCAGCAUGGGCCUUUCAGCAUUCCUGUCAGAGGUAAAUUCAGAAUUUGUCACAUGGUGAUAACAUGUGACUGAAAAGGAGUCUCGAAUUAGAAAAAAAUGACACCUGCCCAGACUUCAACAUUUUAUUGUCUUAAAUUUAUUACAUCAAAGUGUUUAUCGGCACCAAUGGUAGACAAAUCAUAAAAAUGCAUGUUUAAACGCCUAUGCCUAGAAGUACUUAGUGCUGCCCACUUCCUUAGUCAAAUGAGAAAACACUAUUUAAAGCUAAACAGGACUCUCUAGGUACAAAUCCAUCCAAACAGUUGCUCUAGAUAGAGAGUCAGAUUAAAAAAAAAUAAACGUUAAUAAACUUCUGUAGUCAAUCAGGCCUGCAAGUGACAAAUUUUAGAAACAUUAGUGAACCAUAAUAUACUAAAGCCAGAAAUAGUAGUAAUUGAAUUAGAUAAAGUACAAACAAGAACAGUUGCUAUACAGAACAGUAUAUUUUAUUACUAUAUUUUAUAACAGUAUUAUGGUGUAAAAGGUUAAAGAAACAGUAAACAUUAGAUUUUCAUGAUUCAGAUAGAUGUAAUUAAACAAAUUCCCAAUUUACUGCUAUUAUCAAAUUUGCUUUGUACUCUUGCUAUUCCUUUUGAAGUGUAAGCUCGGGAGCAGGAAUGCACUACUGGGAGCUAGCUGAGCACAUGGGUGAGCCAAUGACAAGAGGCGUAUAUGUGCAGCUAACAAUCACCAGCUAGCUCCCAGUGGUGCAUUGCUGCUCUGGAGCCUACCUAGGUAUGUUCUUCAACUCAAGAUACCAAGAGAACAAAGCAAAUAUGAUAUUAGAAGUAAAUUGGAAAGUUUAAAAAUGUUUAUCUGAUUUGUGGAAGUAUAAUUUUGAUUUUUACUGUCCAGUUAAUGAAUCUGAGAGCAUUAACAUCUGCUCAAAGUAUUAAGAAAGAUAUAUCAUGACUCUGUCUUAAAAGAGAGUGGGUCAGUCAAACUUCCACAGUCAGUAGCAACCGAUUGUUAACCAAUAGAGGAAUAGGAAAAACAUAAUUUAUGCUUACCUGAUAAAUUUAUUUCUCUUGUGGUGUAUCCAGUCCACGGAUCAUCCAUUACUUGUGGGGAAAUUCUCCUUCCCAACAGGAAGUUGCAAGAGGAUCACCCACAGCAGAGCUGCUAUAUAGCUCCUCCCCUAACUGCCAUAUCCAGUCAUUCGAACAAAACUAGCCGAGAAAGGAGAAACCAUAGGGUGCAGUGGUGACUGUAGUUUAAAAUUUAGACCUGCCUUAAAAGGACAGGGCGGGCCGUGGACUGGAUACACCACAAGAGAAAUAAAUUUAUCAGGUAAGCAUAAAUUAUGUUUUCUCUUGUUAGGUGUAUCCAGUCCACGGAUCAUCCAUUACUUGUGGGAUACCAAUACCAAAGCUAAAGUACACGGAUGAAGGGAGGGACAAGGCAGCUACUUAAACGGAAGGGACCACUGCCUGUAGAACCUUUCUCCCAAAAAUAGCCUCCGAAGAAGCAAAAGUAUAAAAUUUGUAAAAUUUUGAAAAGGUAUGAAGCGAAGACCAAGUCGCCGCUUUGCAAAUCUGUUCAACAGAAGCCUCAUUUUUAAAGGCCCAGGUGGAAGCCACAGCUCUAGUAGAAUGAGCUGUAAUCCUUUCAGGGGGCUGCUGUCCAGCAGUCUCAUAGGCUAAGCGUAUUACGCUCCGAAGCCAAAAAGAAAGAAAGAGAGGUUGCCGAAGCCUUUUGACCUCUCCUCUGUCCAGAGUAAACAACAAACAGGGAAGAUGUUUGACGAAAAUCUUUAGUCGCUUGUAAGUAAAACUUUAAAGCACGGACUACAUCCAAAUUAUGUAAAAGACGUUCCUUCUUUGAAGAAGGAUUAGGACACAAUGAUGGAACAACAAUCUCUUGAUUGAUAUUCUUGUUGGAAACUACCUUAGGUAAAAACCCAGGUUUUGUACGCAGAACUACUUUAUCUGUAUGGAAAAUCAGAUAAGGAGAAUCACAUUGUAAAGCUGAUAACUCAGAGACUCUACGAGCCGAGGAAAUAGCCAUCAAAAACAGAACUUUCCAAGAUAAAAGUUUGAUAUCAAUGGAAUGAAGGGGUUCAAAUGGAACUCCUUGAAGAACCUUAAGAACCAAGUUUAAGCUCCAUGGAGGAGCAACAGGUUUAAACACAGGCUUAAUUCUAACCAAAGCCUGACAAAAUGCCUGGACGUCUGGAACCUCUGCCAGACGCUUGUGCAAAAGGAUAGACAGAGCAGAAAUCUGUCCCUUUAAAGAACUAGCUGAUAAUCCUUUAUCCAAACCCUCUUGGAGAAAGGACAAUAUCCUAGGAAUCCUAACCUUACUCCAUGAGUAAUUCUUGGAUUCACACCAAUGAAGAUAUUUGCGCCAUAUCUUAUGGUAGAUUUUCCUGGUUACAGGCUUUCGUGCCUGUAUUAAGGUAUCAAUGACUGACUUGGAGAAGCCACGCCUUGAUAGAAUCAAGCGUUCAAUCUCCAGGCAGUCAGUCUCAGAGAAAUUAGAUUUGGAUGAUUGAAAGGACCUUGUAGUAGAAGGUCUUGUCUCAGAGGCAGAGGCCAAGGUGGAAAGGAUGACAUGUCCACCAGGUCUGCAUACCAUGUCCUGCGUGGCCACGCAGGCGUGAUCAAGAUCACCGAUGCUCUCUCCUGUUUGAUUUUGGCAAUCAGUCGAGGGAGCAGAGGAAACGGUGGAAACACAUAAGCCAGGUUGAAGAACCACGGUGCUGCUAGAGCAUCUAUCAGCGUCGCUUCUGGGUCCCUGGACCUGGAUCCGUAACAAGGAAGCUUGGCGUUCUGGCGAAACGCCAUGAGAUCCAAUUCUGGUGUGCCCCAACGAUGAACCAAUUGAGCAAACACCUCCGGAUGGAGUUCCCACUCCCCCGGAUGAAAAGUCUGACGACUUAGAAAAUCUGCCUCCCAGUUCUCUACACCUGGGAUAUGGAUCGCUGAUAGAUGGCAAGAGUGAGUCUCUGCCCAGCGAAUUAUCUUGGAGACUUCUAACAUAGCUAGGGAGCUCCUGGUCCCCCCUUGAUGGUUGAUGUAAGCCACAGUCGUGACGUUGUCCGACUGAAAUCUGAUGAACCUCAGGGUUGCUAACUGAGGCCAAGCUAGAAGAGCAUUGAAUAUUGCUCUUAACACCAGAAUAUUUAUUGGGAGGAGUUUCUCCUCCUGAGUCCACGAUCCCUGAGCCUUCAGGGAAUUCCAGACUGCACCCCAACCUAGAAGGCUGGCAUCUGUUGUUACAAUUGUCCAAUCUGGCCUGCGAAAGGUCAUACCUUUGGACAGAUGGACCCGAGAUAGCCACCAGAGAAGAGAAUCUCUGGUCUCUUGAUCCAGAUUUAGCAGAGGGGACAAAUCUGUGUAAUCCCCAUUCCACUGACUGAGCAUGCAUAAUUGCAGCGGUCUGAGAUGUAGGCGCGCAAAUGGCACUAUGUCCAUCGCCGCUACCAUUAAGCCGAUUACUUCCAUGCACUGAGCCACCGAAGGGCGCGGAAUGUAGUGAAGAACACGGCAGGAAUUUAGAAGCUUUGAUAACCUGGACUCCGUCAGGUAAAUUUUCAUUUCUACAGAAUCUAUCAGAGUUCCUAGGAAGGAAACCCUUGUGAGGGGUGAUAGAGAACUCUUUCCAUCGUUCACUUUACACCCAUGCGACCUCAGAAAUGCCAACACUAUGUCCGUAUGAGAUUUGGCAAUUUGGAAGUUUGACGCCUGUAUCAGGAUGUCGUCUAGAUAAGGGGCCACUGCUAUGCCCCGUGGUCUUAGGACCGCCAGAAGAGACCCCAGAACCUUUGUAAAAAUUCUUGGGGCUGUAGCUAACCCGAAGGGAAGAGCCACAAACUGGUAAUGCCUGUCUAGAAAGGCAAACCUUAGGAACCGAUGAUGAUCUUUGUGAAUCGGUAUGUGAAGGUAAGCAUCCUUCAAAUCCACUGUGGUCAUGUACUGACCCUCCUGGAUCAUAGGUAGGAUUGUCCGAAUAGUUUCCAUUUUGAACGAUGGAACUCUGAGGAAUUUGUUUAAGAUCUUUAGAUCCAAAAUUGGUCUGAAGGUUCCCUCUUUUUUGGGAACCACAAACAGAUUUGAAUAAAAUCCCUGUCCUUGUUCCAUCUGUGGAACUGGAUGGAUCACUCCCAUUAUUAGGAGGUCUUGCACACAGCGUAAGAAUGCCUCUUUCUUGAUCUGGUUUACAGAUAAUCUCGAAAGGUGAAAUCUCCCUUGUGGGGGGGAAGCUUUGAAGUCCAGAAGAUAUCCCUGAGAUAUGAUCUCCAACGCCCAGGGAUCCUGAACAUCUCUUGCCCACGCCUGGGCAAAGAGAGAAAGUCUGCCCCCUACUAGAUCCGUUGCCGGAUAGGGGGCCGUUCCUUCAUGCUGUCUUAGAGGCAGCAGCAGGCUUUCUGGCCUGCUUGCCUUUGCUCCAGGCCUGGUUAGAUUUCCAGGCCGGCUUGGAUUGCGCAAAAGUUCCCUCUUGUUUUGUAGCAGAGGAAGUUGAUGCUGCACCUGCCUUGAAGUUUCGAAAGGCACGAAAAUUAGACUGUUUGGCCCUUGAUUUGGCCCUGUCCUGAGGAAGGGUAUGACCCUUACCUCCAGUAAUGUCAGCAAUAAUUUCCUUCAAACCAGGCCCGAAUAGGGUCUGCCCCUUGAAGGGAAUGUUAAGUAAUUUAGACUUUGAAGUCACGUCAGCUGACCAAGAUUUAAGCCAUAGCGCCCUACGGGCCUGGAUGGCGAAUCCAGAAUUCUUAGCCGUUAGUUUAAUCAAAUGAACAAUGGCAUCAGAAACAAAAGAAUUAGCUAGCUUAAGUGUUCUAAGCUUGUCAAGUAUUUCAGUCAAUGGAGUAGCUGUCUGAAAGGCCUCUUCCAGAGACUCAAACCAGAACGCCACAGCAGCAGUGACAGGAGCAAUGCAUGCAAGGGGCUACAGGAUAAAACCUUGUUGAAUAAACAUUUUCUUAAGGUAACCUUCUAAUUUUUUAUCCAUUGGAUCUGAAAAAGCACAACUGUCCUCGACAGGGAUAGUGGUACGCUUUGCUAAAGUAGAAACUGCUCCCUCCACCUUAGGGACCGUCUGCCAUAAGUCCCGUGUGGUGGCAUCUAUUGGAAACAUUUUUCUAAAAAUAGGAGGGGGGGGGAACGGCACACCGGGUCUGUCCCACUCCUUAGUAAUAAUUUCUGUAAACCUUUUAGGUAUUGGAAAAACGUCAGUACACACUGGCACCGCGUAGUAUUUAUCCAGUCUACACAAUUUCUCUGGCACUGCAAUUGUGUCACAGUCAUUCAGAGCAGCUAAAACCUCUCCAAGCAACACCUGGAGGUUCUCAAGCUUAAAUUUAAAAGUAGACAUAUCUGAAUCAGGUUUCCCCGAGUCAGAGACGUCACCCACAGACUGAAGCUCUUCCUCAGCUUCUGCAUAUUGUGACGCAGUAUCAGACAUGGGCCUUAAAACAUCUGCACGCUCUGUAUUAUGUCUAACCCCAGAGCUAUCGCGCUUUCCUCUGAAUUCAGGCAGUCUGGCUAAUACCGCUGACAGGGUAUUAUCCAUGAUUGCCGCCAUGUCCUGCAAAGUAAUCGCUAUGAGCGUCUUUGAUGUACUUGGCGCCAUUUUAGCGUGAGUCCCUUGAGCGGGAGUCAAAGGGUCCGACACGUGGGGAGAGUUAGUCGGCAUAACUUCCCCCUCGUCAGAAUCCUCUGGUGAUAAUUCUUUUAAAGAUAACAGCUGAUCUUUAUUGUUUACAGUGAAAUCAAUACAUUUAGUACACAUUCUCCUAUGGAGUUCCACCAUGGCUUUUAAACAUAAUGAACAAGGAGUUUCCUCUAUGUCAGACAUGUUUAUACAGACUAGCAAUGAGACUAGCAAGCUUGGAAAAAAAAAAAAAGUUAACAAGCAAUAUAUAAAAAAAAAAAAAGUUACUGUGCCUUUAAGAGAAACAAAUUUUGCCAAAAUUUGAAAUAACAGUGAAAAAAGGCAGUUAAACUAACGAAAUUUUUACAGUGUAUGUAACAAGUUAGCAGAGCAUUGCACCCACUUGCAAAUGGAUGAUUAACCCCUUAAUACAAAAAAACAGAUUAACAAAACGAAAAAUACAUUUUUUAAACAGUCAUAACAACUGCCACAGCUCCUACUUUUGAAGCCUUUUGAGCCCCUUCAGAGAUGUCCUAUAGCAUGCAGGGGACUGCUGAGGGAAGCUGAAUGUCACAGUUUGUAAUUUUAACUGCACCAACUGUAACUUUUAUACUAUAACAGUGGAAAGCCUAGGCAAAAAUAAAGCCAGCCAUGUGGAAAAAACUAGGCCCCAAUAAGUUUUAUCACCAAAGCAUAUAUAAAAACGAUUAAACAUGCCAGCAAAUGUUUUAUAUUGCACAUAAAUCAGAGUAUAUACCUCUGAUAGCAAGCCUGAUACUAGUCGCUAUUAAAUCACUGUAUUUAGGCUUUAACUUACAUUAAUCGGGUAUCAGCAGCAUUUUCUAGCAAAUUCCAUCCCUAGAAAAACUUAACUGCACAUACCUUAUUGCAGGAUACCCUGCACGCCAUUCUCCCUCUGAAGUUACCUCACUCCUCAGACAUAUGUGAGAAUAGCAGUGGAUCUUAGUUACUUCUGCUAAGAUCAUAGAAAAACGCAGGCAGAUUCUUCUUCUAAAUGCUGCCUGAGAUAAAAUAGUACACUCCGGUACCAUUUAAAAACAAUAAACUUUUGAUUGAAGAAAAAACUAACUAUAUUUUACCACUUUCCUCUUACUACCUCCAGCUAUGUUGAGAGCUUGCAAGAGAAUGACUGGAUAUGGCAGUUAGGGGAGGAGCUAUAUAGCAGCUCUGCUGUGGGUGAUCCUCUUGCAACUUCCUGUUGGGAAGGAGAAUAUCCCCACAAGUAAUGGAUGAUCCGUGGACUGGAUACACCUAACAAGAGAAAUGUAAAUUAUAAAUAAAAAAUUAUGUGGACUAGUUAAGCUUAUAGCUCCAAAAUAAUUCAGAAAACAAAUGUUAAAAAGCAAAAGCUAAAACCUAUGUUACCCUCACAAAAUUGGACUACAAGGGCAUAAAUCCUCUUUUAACAAUAAUAAUGUAUAGCAUUUAUCAGUGGCAUAUAAAAGAGUCUUCCACCCAAUCAAGAAACAUUAAUAUAGCCAUAGGUAUUAAUCAUUAAUUAAAUAAAUUAUACAAGGUUCAGCGCUAUAUAUGGCUAACUGUAAUGGGGAGCCAAUGGAAUGGAUAGACAUGGGGAGCCAUGAUUAAAAUUUUACCCUGGUGCCAGUAGAGCUCAGUAUCAUAUAUAAGGAUAUUUUAUAACAUAGUGGAAAAAUGUUACACACCGGCCUUCAAUAACAUUUCAGGACAGAAAGCUACAUUCACUUUAUUUUGCUUAUUUUUUUGGAGUCAGAGGACAUUUCCAUAUUUCUUGGAAUAAAGUACCUACUCAAAAUGUGUUUCUUUUUUGUGUUUAUUCUUUGUAUAUUUCAUUAGCAUACAAUAAACACGAUAAUACGUUU